GCGCUGCGGCUGCUGCUGCUGCUAACGGGCUCUGACCCAGCGAGCUCUGCGUCCGCGCGUCCGCCUGCUCGUCUGUCUGUCCGCUGCAGGAGGCUUCCGCCGCGCGUGUUUUCUGCUGCAGAACCCAAGACCAUGGCCAAACUAGCACAGGGUGCCAAGUACCGGGGCUCCAUUCACAACUUCCCGGACUUCAACCCCAGCCAGGAUGCCGAGACUCUGUACAACGCCAUGAAGGGCUUCGGCAGUGACAAGGAGGCCAUACUGGAGCUGAUUACUUCCCGGAGCAACAGGCAGAGGCAGGAGAUCUGCCAGAACUACAAGUCCCUCUAUGGCAAGGACCUCAUUGCAGACUUGAAGUACGAGCUGACAGGGAAGUUUGAACGACUGAUUGUGGGUCUCAUGAGGCCACCUGCCUAUAGCGAUGCCAAAGAAAUUAAAGACGCCAUCUCGGGCGUUGGUACCGAUGAGAAGUGCCUCAUUGAGAUCUUGGCUUCGCGGACCAACGAGCAGAUCCACCAGCUGGUGGCAGCGUACAAAGAUGCCUACGAGCGAGACCUGGAGGCUGACAUCAUUGGGGACACCUCUGGUCACUUCCAGAAGAUGCUCGUGGUCCUGGUGCAGGGAACCAGGGAGGAGGAUGAUGUAGUGAGCGAGGACCUGGUGCAGCAGGACGUCCAGGACCUGUAUGAGGCAGGGGAACUGAAAUGGGGAACAGAUGAAGCCCAGUUCAUUUACGUUUUGGGAAAUCGCAGCAAGCAGCACCUUCGGUUGGUGUUUGAUGAGUAUCUGAAGACCACGGGGAAGCCAAUCGAAGCCAGCAUCCGAGGGGAGCUGUCCGGGGACUUUGAGAAGCUGAUGCUUGCAACGGUGAAGUGCAUCCGGAGUACCCCAGAGUAUUUUGCUGAAAGGCUCUUCAAGGCCAUGAAGGGGCUGGGGACUCGGGACAACACACUGAUCCGCAUCAUGGUCUCCCGCAGUGAGCUGGACAUGCUCGACAUCCGGGAGAUAUUCCGGACGAAAUAUGAAAAGUCCCUGUACAGCAUGAUCAAGAACGACACCUCUGGCGAGUACAAGAAGACUCUGCUGAAGCUGUGUGGGGGAGAUGAUGAUGCUGCUGGCAAGUUCUUCCCGGAGGCAGCGCAGGUGGCCUAUCAGAUGUGGGAACUUAGUGCAGUGGCCCGAGUAGAGGUGAAAGGAACUGUGCACCCAGCUGGUGACUUUAACCCUGACGCAGAUGCCAAAGCCUUGCGGAAAGCCAUGAAGGGACUUGGAACUGAUGAGGACACCAUCACUGACAUCAUCACGCACCGCAGCAACGCCCAACGGCAGCAGAUCCGCCAGACCUUCAAGUCUCACUUCGGCCGGGACUUGAUGGCUGACCUGAAGUCUGAGCUCUCUGGAGACCUGGCGAGGCUGAUUCUGGGGCUCAUGAUGCCACCGGCCCAUUAUGAUGCCAAGCAGUUGAAGAAAGCCAUGGAGGGAGCCGGCACAGACGAAAAGGCUCUCAUCGAAAUCCUGGCCACUCGGACCAAUGCUGAAAUCCGGGCCAUCAAUGAGGCCUAUAAGGAGGACUAUCACAAGUCCCUGGAAGAUGCUCUGAGCUCAGACACAUCCGGCCAUUUCAGGAGGAUCCUCAUCUCUCUGGCCACGGGGAACCGUGAGGAGGGAGGAGAAGAUCGGGACCGGGCACGGGAAGAUGCCCAGGUGGCUGCUGAGAUCUUGGAAAUAGCAGACACGACCAGUGGAGACAGAUCUUCCCUGGAGACACGUUUCAUGACGAUCCUCUGCACGCGUAGCUAUCAGCACCUCCGGAGAGUCUUCCAGGAGUUCAUCAAGAUGACCAACUAUGACGUGGAACACACCAUCAAGAAGGAGAUGUCCGGGGAUGUCAGAGAUGUGUUUGUGGCCAUUGUUCAAAGUGUCAAGAAUAAGCCUCUCUUCUUUGCCGACAAACUUUACAAAUCUAUGAAGGGUGCUGGCACAGAGGAGAAGACCCUCACCAGGAUCAUGGUCUCCCGGAGUGAGAUCGACCUGUUCAACAUCCGGCAGGAGUUCAUUGAGAAAUAUGACAAGUCUCUCCACCAAGCCAUUGAGGGCGACACCUCCGGUCACUUCCUGAAGGCCUUGCUGGCUGUCUGUGGAGGCGAGGACUAGGACCGCCGGCGUUGGCGGGCACCUCUGCUAAGAAGUGGUCAUCCCCCGCCAUGACCCAGCCUGAUGCUCCAGCUUCAGAGACUAAAGAAGGGACAGGGGUGGGGGGAGGGGCCGGGGUGGGCUCUUGUCUUCAACUGGGGUUUAGGAAAAGCUCCCACUCCCACUAGCCAGUAAGGGCGCGGCACGGUCACUCCUACUCACGUCUGAGUGGCUGAAGAACCGUAGCCAUUGAUCCCGUCCACCUCCCUCCCCAUCUUCCUCCUCCUGCCUUCCCAGCUUCCAUCCCUUGUCACAGUCCCGGCCCUGGUUUGGGCUUUGUCGAAGCCAAAAACAUUCUGAGCCUCUGAAUGUGAAGCGAGUGAUGUGUGUGCUUUGCAUGGUGGGGUGUGGUGUGGUGGCAGGUGCCAGUUCUGGGGGCGGGGGGAAGGAAGAAAUAUCUUCGGGCCAACUGACAGUCCUCCCACCGUUUCACCGCCGCCUCUGUCCCGGUUAUUGUGCUAGACCACUGAACCAGGAGUCCAAAUACCUGGGUUCAAAUUUGUAUCCGCCACACACUUGCUUUAUGACCUUGCACCAGUCUCUUUCCCUCCCUGAGUCUCUAUGUUCUUGGCUACAAAAUGAGAGAGUUCGACAAAAAGAUCUUGGCUUUGUAACAUUGACAUUCUAGGAUGUGCCUCCAAAUCAUUCCCUUUCCAUUUCUUCUCUCUUUAAAUAAAAAGAGACAUACAGACACAUAAA